GUGUUCCUGAAUCGAUCUUUGCAAUAUAUCUGAAAACAGGAUACGUGCGUGAGACAGGAAAUAUCUGGGGUCGGUUUUAAUAUACACAGUUGCAGGCAAGGGGGGAAAUGAAGAAGUAGGUGCAAGAUAUCUUAAGUCUGUGCACUGGUGAUGUUUUUAUGUGGAUUCUGAUGGAAACACACUACCAUAUAUGGAAAUAGAUGCUUUUCUACCCAAUAGCAAAGAGGCAGCUAGUGCGUGUCCUGUGUUCAGGUGAAGAAGAGCUGAAGAGCAUUUAGUAGUAAGCGCUCUCUCUCUCUCUCUCUCUCUCUCUCUCUCUCUCUCUCUCCCUGACUGACACUUAUUGAUGUGUGAAUAAAGGAACAUUUUGCUCUGACUUGGUUUCUGUUUCAUGUUCGUGAGAAAUCCACAACAGUCUUGGCAUCUCUACACGAACCACAAACUCCAUCACGACUGUGAAGACCAACAGUGAGCUUCUACAGUGCCUGAAUAUUAGAAACACACUGAGGGGAAAGCAAAUUGACGUCUCUGACAAACAGAUACGUGAUCCACUAGCUGUGGGAAGAGAGCUGAGCGUCAUGGAGAAGAAGUACUGCAUUGCUUGCGUCACCAUUGUGAUUGUUUUGAUUAUUGUCCUCGCUGUGUAUUUACCGAAAAGAAAUAAACCGCCCAUCAGCGAUCACUGCUACUCCAAAGCCGCCGUAGCAGCCGACGCUGGGAAAUGUUCUGAGAUCGGCAGGGACGUGUUAAAGCGCGGUGGUUCUGCAGUGGACGCCGCCAUCGCAGCGCUGCUGUGUGACGGACUGUUUAACGCUCACAACAUGGGCAUCGGAGGAGGACAUUACUUCAUCAUCUAUAACGGCACUACAGGGAAGGUGGAGACGAUCAACGCGAGGGAAACGGCUCCCCAAAAUGCCACAAAUUACAUGUUCCCCACCAAAGAACUCUCAAAAACAGGAGGCCUGUCCAUCGCGGUCCCCGGUGAGCUCCGUGGCUAUGAACUGGCACACCGGCGUCAUGGCCGCCUGCCGUGGAAGGAGCUGUUUAAACCGAGCAUCCAGCUGGCACGUGACGGCAUCCGAGUCAGCAGAGCUCUCGCCAAAGCCAUGUGGGAUAACCAGGAGGCCGUUCAGGCUGAUCCAGCACUGUGUGAAGUAUUUUGUGAUUCCAACAAAGCAAUCCUGAGGGAAAACGACACUAUCAGAUUUCCACGGCUAGCAGACACCUACGAGAGGAUCGCUGAGGAAGGAGCUGAUGUGUUUUAUAAUGGCUCCAUGGCUAAAACGAUAGUGAAUGACAUCCAGGCUGCAGGUGGCGUUAUAACACUUGAAGACCUGUCGGGGUAUACACCAGAGUUGAAUGAAAGCCCACUGAAGAUAAAUGUAGGAGAAUACACCAUGCAUUUUCCCGAUGCUCCAUCUGGCGGUCCUGUGCUAGCACUAAUGCUAAACAUUUUGGACGGUUAUAAUUUCUCACCCAGCAGUGUGUCGACUACAGAGAAGAAGACGCUCACUUAUCACCGCAUCAUCGAGGCUUUCCGCUUCGCCUUCGCUAAGAGGAGCAGGCUGGGAGAUCCUCGCUACCUCAACAUCACUGAUCUCAUCCACAACAUGACCUCAGACUACUUUGCUGAUGACAUCCGCAGUAAGAUCACAGAUAACACCACGCACCCAGAGAGUUUCUAUGGGCCGGAAUACUUUAACCCUGAGGAUCAUGGGACGGCUCACCUGUCCAUCAUCGCUGAGGAUGGGAGCGCCGUGGCUGUGACCAGCAGCAUCAAUCAGUAUUUUGGUUCUAAAGUGAUGUCACGUUCCACUGGAAUCAUCUUUAACGAUAUGAUGGAUGACUUCAGUUCUCCAAACAUCCCAAACACAUUCGGCAUUCCUCCUUCUCGUAGUAACUUCAUCCAGCCAGGUAAAAGGCCGCUCUCGUCCAUGAGUCCAACCAUCAUCUGCGACAAACACAACAAAGUUAAAAUUGUCGUGGGAGCUGCAGGUGGGACGAGGAUCACCACGGCAACGGCUCUGGUGAUCCUGAACGCACUGUUCUUUAACUACGAUCUGAAGAGAGCUGUAGAGGAACCCAGAGUCCACAACCAGCUCAACCCCAAUUACAAUGAGGUGGAGCAGGACUUCAUGAAGAGUGUGAUAGACAGACUAGCUCAGAAGAAUCAUGUGACAAAGCUGCAGAACUCCAGUACGGUGGUUCAGGCCGUGGUGAGGCAGGAUGAUCAGAUCUGUGCUGAAUCGGACCCACGGAAAGGAGGAUAUCCCGCCGGCUACUGAAACAAACUUUAAUAAUAAUCAACUCUUAUCUGUACAGCUUUGAUAAAACAAAGGUGGGGCGGUUGUGUCUCAGGUGGUAGAGCGGGCUGUCCACUAAUCGUAGGGUUGGCAGUUCGAUUCCCGAUCCACAUGACUCCACACACCGAAGUGUAAAGCGCUUUGGAUAAAAGCACUAUAUAAGUGCGCCAUUUACCAUUUUACAAAGACAUUUAUGCAAAUCUGAAUGAAUCGUACAAAUCUUUAGAACGUUUCCAAUACACAGAGAACCUCCCUCCAUAUACUGUUUAUAUUUCAUAUAUUUGAACUAUUUGAUGGAAGACACGGGUUAAAAUUUGACCUUAAAUUAAAGAAGAAACACUUUUGGAUGUAAA